GAGAGGGUCAGAGAUUUAGAGAGGUGGAGAGAGAUUGAGAGAGGGAGUCAGAGACCGAGAGAGAGGGAGUCAGAGACCGAGGGAGAGGGGGACAGAGAGGCGGACAGAGACAGAGAGAGGGAGUCAGAGGCCGAGAGUGGGUACAGAGACUCAGAGAGAGGGACAGACAUUGAGAGACGAGGAGAGAGACAGAGAGAGAGGAACAGAGAUUGAGAGAGAGGGACAGAGACUGAGAGAGGGGGAGUCAGAGACUGAGAGAGAGGGACAGAGAGAGGGAGUCAGAGAUUGAGAGAGAGGGACAGAGACAGAGAGCGUGAGUCAGAGAUUGAGAGAGAGAGGGACAGAGAUUGAGAGAGAGGGACAGAGACAGGGACAGGGACAGAGAUUGAAAGGGAGGGACAGAGACAGAGAGAGGAAGUCAGAGACUGAGAGCGAGGGACAGAGACAGAGAGACGAAGUCAAAGGUUGAGAGAGAGGGGGACAGGGACAGAGAGGGGGGACAGAGAUUGAGAAGGACAGAGAGAGAGAGGGGGGAGACAGAGCUUGAGAGAGAGGGACAGAGACAGAGAGAGGGAGUCAGAGAGAGAGGGGGGACAGAGACUGAGAGAGCGGGAGUCACAGACUGAGAGAGGGGGAGUCAGAGACAGAGAGUCAGAGAUUGAGAGAGACGCACAGACAGUGUGUGCCAGAAAUGGAGAGAGACUGAGUCAGAGGCUUUGAGAGAGUGACAGAGACAAAGGAAGAGGGACAGAGACGGAGAGACAGAUCGCAUUCAGAUCAGAGAGAAUCUGGACCAUUUUCGGGGACACUUUAGUGACAGAGCCGCGUGGCGACGCCGAGAACAGUGGGAGUUCUCCUGCAAUCCGGGAAGGCGAUCUUUCUGCUUGUUUGAAGCGGUUCCUGCUGCCCUGGGAAUGAAGGAGGAGGACGAAGAGAGCAGGACAAACUGAUUAUCUCUGACCAGGUCAGAGACUCCGUGCAGUAGCUGCUUUUGUGCAACUCCUGAAAGCUGAGGAGAGAAGAGAGACUGUGGUUUGUACUACAGGUUAAUGUAAAACGUGCUGGUGUUCUGUCUUCAAAAAACAGUCAACAACUCACUGGGGCCAAGAUUGCAUUAUUGAAAAAUUCAGCAUUCUUCUCUCUGAACACGCGAUCCUUCAUUGCAUGAUGCUGCAUUCAGCUACCAUACUUGAUCAGUACUGUGAGGCUCUCUCAGCUGCAAGCAACUUCACAGGACCCUAUUGCAAUUCAUCCACCGACCUGAUUGGAACAUGUUGGCACAAAAGCCCAGUUGGGCAACUUGUAACAAGACCCUGUCCAGAAUACUUCAAUGGUAUCCAAUACAACACAACAAAUAAUGUGUUCAGAGAAUGCCUCGGAAAUGGGACUUGGGCAAGCAGGAUUGACUACUCCCAGUGCCAACCAAUCCUGCACCAAAAGAGGAAACACCAGAUACACUACAAACUGGCAGUGAUCAUCAAUUAUCUGGGACAUUGCCUUUCCUUAGCUGCCCUCAUCAUUGCCUUCAUGCUAUUCAUGCGUCUGAGGAGUAUCCGAUGUCUUCGGAACAUUAUCCACUGGAAUCUGAUUUCCACCUUUAUCCUACGUAAUGCCACCUGGUUUGUGCUACAGAAGAUUGAUCCCAGGAUUCAUGCAAGUAAUAAGGUCUGGUGCCGAUUGGUCACAGCUGUUUAUAAUUACUUUUGUGUGACUAAUUUCUUCUGGAUGUUUGGUGAGGGCUGCUACCUCCACACAGCAAUUGUCCUGACCUACUCCACAAAUAAACUGCGCAAAUGGAUGUUCCUCUGCAUUGGCUGGUGUAUUCCACUCCCCAUCAUUAUGGCCUGGUCAGUCGCAAAACUAUACUAUGAAAAUGAGCAGUGCUGGUUUGGUAAGCGGUCACGAAAACAUAUUGACUACAUCUACCAAGGCCCAGUGAUCUUGGUGUUACUGAUUAACUUCAUCUUUCUUUUUAACAUUGUGAGGAUCUUGAUGACAAAACUACGUGCAUCCACUACCUCCGAAACCAUGCAGUACAGGAAAGCGGUGAAAGCUACACUCGUUCUGUUGCCAUUGCUUGGGAUUACCUACAUGCUGUUCUUUGUCAAUCCUGGCGAGGAUGACAUAUCACAGAUCGUCUUCAUCUACUUCAAUUCAUUCCUUCAGUCCUUUCAGGGCUUCUUUGUCUCCAUCUUUUACUGUUUCUUGAAUGGUGAGGUUCGUUCAGCUGUGAGAAAAAGAUGGCAUCGUUGGCAAGACAAUCACUGGAUCCAGACUCGGGUUGCCAGGGCAAUGUCCAUUCCAACAUCUCCCACUAGGGUCAGUUUUCAGAGCAUCAAGCAGACAACAGCUGUGUAAACACAUGGAACUAGAACAAGCUGAUGCUGGCUCACUGUGUUCCUCCAGCUGACCUUCAGUACAUGUUGGGCUUCAUAAAACUGACCCAGACAUUCUCUGCUUCUGCUUGCCUAUCAAACUGACCUGGGCUUCAUAUUUAACUCCACAAUAAUUGUUGAGGGAUACAAGCAACAAAAAUAUAUGAACAUUAGCAGAUUCAUAGCUAAGUGGAAUGGCGUUUAAUUAAUUUCAAAUUUCAACUUUUAGGUCCCUGUAGCAAAAUUGACCAUUUUAUUUUUCCCCAGCCACAAAAUCCUUUCCUGGAAGCAGCUGUCUCUCUUGUACACCAAACUUGUAAAGUGCUGUUAAGUGUAACAAUGUCAUGGUAGGGAUUAAAGUGGCUUAAUUUAUCUCUAACGUAUGUAUAAUGUACAGUGUCAGUUAUAGUUAACAUUGUUGCCACUUUUAACAGUCAGUGUACUUUGUGGCAUUUAGAGGCCCUGACAAAAAGCACACAAAGAUACAGCAAUCAAACUCUAUGGAGUAAUUUCAACAAUAUUGUGUCAUUAAGCAAAUAACUAGUGUAGAGUUCUAAUGCUGAAUACCGUUGUAUGACACGAAAGAAAGUUGACAGGCCCAAUCUGUCACUUGGGAAGAUUCACAGCUGCGAAUCUCUCCAUCAGGUCGCACAAGACGAACACAAGUAUCUUUUCCCAGUUUUUUUCAUAGUUUAUCAACAGCCUGUUUUCUAUUAUCCACCACCAAAUUUGGUUGUACCCACUCAGAAUGUUAGAAUGCUAAAUCAAAAAGAUGACCCUUGAUUUAUCAAAGAAUAUCACUUUUACAUUUCAAAAGAGUAAAACCUAUUUUCAGAGGAUAUUAUUUUCAAAGUGAUUGCGUUUCAGCUGAAUCUCUGUUCAAACUGUUUCUGUAUUCCAGUUGAAUCUGUGACCAGUAGAUUUACUAUUCUGUUUGAUUAUGUCAUCCAGUAGACUGGUGUUUUAUCAAUACUAUGAUAAAGUUGAUUCCAUUUUCCAGCUGAAUCUGUUCUGUAGAUCUUUCGUUCUCAUUUGUUUCAUAUAGUUGUUUCUGUUGGCUAGCAUAUUCUGUUUCCAAAUGAUUCUGUGUUUCAGUAAAUGCUGUGCCAUAGUUAAAUUUGUCCAAUUAAUUCUCAGUUUUUCUUUAACAUUUGAUCUGGUGUUCCAUAUGAUCCUGAGGAAGUUGAUUUUUAGCUUCAGUUGGUAGAGUGUCUUCAAUGUCCAAUGACAAUCAACUGGAACAUUCCGAACUAGCCUUUCUGUGUAAGGCUUCAAUCUAGAUUAGAUUAGACUACCUACAGUGUGGAAACAGGCCCUUUGGCCCAACGAGUGCACACUGCCCCUUGAAGCAUCCCACCCAGACCCAUCUCCCUAUAAUCCACGCAUCCUUGAACACUACGGGCAAUUUAGCAUGGCCGAUCCACCUAGCCUGCACAGCUUUGGACUGUGGGAGGAAACUGGAGCACCCGGAGGAAACCCAUGCAGACAUAUAGAGAAUGUGCAAACUCCACACAGACAGUCGCCCGAGGCUGGAAUUGAACCUGGGUCCCUGGCGCUGUGAGGCUGCAGUGCUAACCACUGAGCCACCGUGCUGCUAGCAGCAGAGAAUUCAAACUUUCAGUUCCAUCAGCCAGAAAAAAACCUACACAACUAGCAAAGCUAAAACCCUUUUGGGCUGAGCCCAUCCACUCAUGCUUCUUUUGUCUUACCUAAAAAAAGAGUCACCUAGGAAGAACUCAAACUUUUUAUCAACUGCUUGUAUGAAAAAGACAUUUUGUGACCCCUCUACAAAUGACAUCACCCCUCUACAAGAGAAACAGGACAGGACACAUCUGUUAAUGGUCAAUAUCAUCAUAAUUCUGCCUACCAAAGGGCACAACCUCAUACCACACUGUCUUCAAUCUACCACUUCUUUGCUCACUCUCCUAGCCUAUCCAAGUCCUUCUGCAGUCUGCUCAGAUCCUGAACACUUCCUGUUCCUCCCCCUAUCUUUAAGUCGUAUUUCUCCAUGUCUAUCCAGACUUCAGGUCUGUUCUAUUUUCUUCAAAUGUUGACUGAAAAGAGCUCUCAUUUAGGGAAAUAAAUGAUGCCCUUUUCCACUUUUCUGCACUUCAGUAAUUUCAAAAUAUUUCAAUUUUUGCUUCCCUAAGCCAUUCCAGCGCUUGGCUGUUUCUAAUUGCAGUAUAGUAAAAGUGGAUACUCUGCAACUGAUGCAAAGAAAAUUCUAUCUAAACAAGGGAUUACGGUAGUGGAAUUUUCAUUGCUGUAAUCUUGGAAUUUAUGGAAAUCAAAUUGUUGUAUCAUGCUCCGUUUCCAACUACUCCAAAACGGUUCUUGCUGUCCCGUUGUUCGGAGCAUCAUGAUAGCUUAUUUUAAUUUACCUAAACAACUCAGGACAUCAUGGUAAUUAUUUCUGUGUAUAACCCCCCAAAUUAGAAAGCUCCAGUAGGACUGCACGCAAAACAUACCACAAACACAUGCACACUUGCAAGCGCGCUUACGCACACACACACAUACACAAUACUGAGUCGCUUACAGUAGAUAUCCUUAUAUACGUUAACGAAGCAUUACUUGGUCAAAAUAUAUUUUGACCUUGAAAUUAAUCACUCCAUGGUUGUUAUUUUUAUGGUUAAAAAUGCUGUGUAAGGGGAUGGUUAUUUAGAAAGGUAACUAUUGUUAUAGACCAGGCCAGACUCUCUCAAAAUAUUUUUAAAAUGUAGCCUAACUUUUUCUUAUUUUAAAGAUAGGUGUGAAGUGGAGUUCCUGGUGUGAUGCAAUUGGUCAAACCACUUGGCUUUAAGCAAAAAAGAAUUUAUUUAAACACUGCAGUCGAAAAAACCGGAAUUUAGGAUAACUUAACUACUGGAAAACUUAACCGACCUGAUACUGCAACUCAGUUAAUUAACUGUUCCAAUAUGGCAACAUCCCAUAAACAUACCUCUGAGCAAAAAGGUUUCAAAUACAGAUUCUUAAUAGCAGGAGGGAACAACAUCCAGAGAAAUUUUAGAGAAAGCCAGUGAGGAAUCCUUUACUGAAGCUUGUAACCUUUCUGGUACUCAAAACAUCUUGUGACUGCUACAGCUAGAAAAAAAACUAGAAAACCCUGAACUGGGCAAACCAGCCACACCCUUCCAUUGUUAAAUUGGUUCAGCUUUCUAGCUUCUCAGACUCUUUGGAACAGCUGCCUUUACAACUUCUCUUCAAAGAAAACUUUUUACAGUAACACAGCAUUGUCAGACUAUUAAUACUUUCAUGCUAUAAACUGUGUUUGAACCUGGUUUACAUCAUUGUUGAAUAAGUUCUGUUUUCAUGAUGAAUCUACUUUGUUGGUUAUUAAAGCAACCUGGUUGAUGGAAACUUUUUUUAUCCUAAAUCCUAUCAUUGACAAAACAUAUUGACAAAUUAUUAUGUAGCUAACUGGGGAAAACAUAAUUUUAUGUUGUGACCAGUAAGAUUUGUGAAACUGGAGAGGGACAGUUCACUUUGUGCUUAUAAAACUUUGCACCCUAUCAGGAAGGGUGUUCCAGGACUUUAAUCCAACAACAUUGAUAGAACAGAGAUUUAUGUAUUUUUGGCUGAGUUCAAAUUGUGAUGAACUUUUUAAUGGAUUUUUUGUCUCAAGGCCUAAUGAGUUUAUCACCAUCACACACAAUGAAUUGUAUCACCAUGUCUUGCACAAUUCAUAUUAAUUACUUAUGACCCUAUGGCAACUUUCACAUCCAAUUUCACUCUGGUCUACCAUGCAAAAUUUACAGAACAACUUAUUAACUAGCUAAUCAUUUCUAGCAAUAUUUUUUAAAUCUUAAAAUAGUUUUUGAAUGCUACUUAAAAUCUUGUUAGUAAAAUGCAUAACUCGCUGAGAUAAGCAACCUUCCACUUCAAAAUCUGCCAUUCAAUUAAACUUCUUUAAUUCUCUUGUGGGAAAUACCAACAUGCAUAAAUCACUUAGAUAAGCAACUUGGCACAUCAAAAUCUCCAGUUCUGUUGAACUUCUUAAAAUCUGCUGUAGAUGGUGCUAAAGUGCAUAUCCCACUGAUGUAAGCAGCUUUGCACAUCAUUAUCCCCAUUUCUACCGUGUUCUUAAAAUCUAUUUCGGAUGCUGGGGUUUGUGGGGUUUCUUUAGUGGAGUGGGUCAUCAUGUAUGUUUAACACGCAAAAGAUCCCUGGUUAGAAACCAGGCAGAAACAGUGGUGCUCCGUUUGGGGCAGCACGGUGGCUCCGUGCCUCGCAGCGCCAGGGACCGGGAUUUGAUUCCUCCCUUGUGUAGAGUUUGCACGUUCUCUCUGUGUCUGCGUGAGUUUCCUCUGGGUGCUCCAGUUUCCUCCCACAGUCCAAAGAUGUGCAGGCAAGGUGAAUUGGUCAUACUAAGUUUCCUGUAGUGUUCAGGGAUGUAUUAGAUUAGGUGCGUUACAGGUGGAUGGGUCUGGGUGGAAUGCUGUGAGGGUCGGCAUGGACUUGUUGGGCCAAAGGGCCUGUUUCCACACUGUAGGGAUUCUAUGAUGCUACUAAAGUGGACAACUCAGUGAGAUAAGCAACUUGGCACACCAAACUCUCAAGCUCUAGCAAACUUUUAAAAAAUCAUUUUUAGAUGCUACCAAAGUACAUAUAUCAGUGAGAUAAAAAAGGGUGAACACCACAAUCACCAAUUUUAGCAACAUCUAACAUAGAUGUUACUGAAGUACAUAUGUAGAUAAUACCUGCAAGCUUAAACAUUAAAAUCAGCAUUUCUAGCAAACAUCUGGAAAAUGCUGGGAUUAGAAAAAUGUGUUGUAGCUGAUACUAAACUGCAUGUCUCAGUGAGAUAAAGGAAUUUUGCAUAUCAUAGUCUCCAAUUCUAUCAAAUGUUUUAAAGUCUCGUCUAGAUGUUACUAAACUGCAAAACUCACUGAGACAAGCAAUUGGACACACCAAAAUCUCCAUUUCCAUCAAGCUUCUUAAAAUUUGAUGUGUGUGCUACAAAAGCACGUAAGUGAGAUAAUGAACUUGGAGCACCAAAAUUUCCAUUUCCAACAAACACCUUAAGAUACAUUGCAGAUGUCACUAAAGUGCAUGCCUGGGUGAGAUCAGCAGGUAUAAACACCAAAAUCUUGAUUUCCAGCAAGCUUCUGCAAAAUACUGGCAUGUUCUUAACUUGUGUUAUAGAUGCUACUAAUAUGCAUAUCUCUGUGAGGUAGGCAACAUGGAACACCAAAGUUUCCAGUUUCAGCAAACUUCUUAAUAUCGGAUGUUAAUGCUACUAAAGUGCAUACCUCAGUGAGAUAAGUAACCUGGAACAGUGAUAUUUCCAUUUCCAGCAAAUUUCAUGAAAUCUGAUGUAGAUGUUGCUAAAGUGUAUUUUGGGUGAGAUCAGCAGGUUUAAACACCAAACUUAUCUUUUCCAGAAAAUGUCUGCAAAAUGCUGGUAUGCGCUUAAAAUGUGUUGUAGAUGCUGCUAAAGUGCAUAUCUCAUUGAGAUAAGCAACUUUACGCAUCAAAGUCCCCAAUUCUAUCAAACACCUAAAAAUCUGUUGGAUUUUACUUAACUGCAUAAUUCACUGAGACAAGAAAUUGGCACACCAAAAUCUCCAUUUCCAUCAAGCUUUUUAAUAUUUGAUACAAAUGACACUAUAGUGUUACACAGCAUAUGUCAGUAAGUGUUAGGGUUAGGGCUAGUGUUAGGGUUAUUCUUGAGGCUAGGACUUGGGGUCCAAUUAGAGUUAGAGAUAGAGGCGUGGAAAGGACUGGAUUUAGAGGUAUGUCUAGGGUUAGGGUUAGGGCUAGGACAAGGGCAAGGGUGAAGGUUAGGGCUGUGGGAAAUGCUAAGGCUAGGGUUAGGGUCAAGGCUAGCACAGGGCAAGGGUUAAGAUUAAGGUUAGGAUUAGGGUUAGGGUUAGGCUGGGGUUAGGCUACAGUUAGACUUAGGUUUAAGUUAGGGUUAGGAUAAAGGUUAAGGCAAGGACUAAAGCUAGGCCUUGGUUAAGGAUGAGGGUUAAGUCUAGGACCAGGGUGAGGGUUAGGGCUGAUGUAAGGAUGAGGCUAGGGCGAAGGCCAGUUUUUGUGUUAGGGUUAGGGCAGGGUUAAGGUUACAGCUAGAGUUAGGGGUAGUAUUUGAGUUGGGUAAGGGUUAGGGCGAGGUUGGGUCUAAUGUAAGGGCUACUGUAAGGGUUAGAUACAGAGUUAGGGUUAGAGCUAGAGCAAGAGUAGUGUGAGGGUAGGGGUUAGGGUUGGGGCUAUGAGAAGGG